AUGAUCUUUGACUCUGACCAAGAGGACAGUCAUGGGAGUCCCGGAGCCAGAGAUUCACCUGUAAACAACAAAAGACAAUCUCCCCCCUCAGACAGGCCUCCCUUUGGCGCUCAUCUAAGUACACACCUCAGCAUCUCUGCUGAUGAACAGGACAGCCCAGAGCGAAUUGUUCAGAAGGAAAAACUCCAUGCAGAACUAAAACAAGUUUUGAGUAAAAAGAGAAGCCAGCUUAGAGACACCCAAACCACCCACACAGACAUGGAGGAACCCCCCAAGACAGACAAUAAGAAUGAGAUGGAGAAGGACAACCAGUUGUCGGAGCUUGUGGAAAUGGUUGUUGAAACACAUGCUGAGGUUGGAGCUAGUGGGUACAGUGUUGUGGGUGGAGGGGAGCAAGGUAUCUUCAUCAAAGAGGUCUUGAAAGACUCCCCAGCAGCAAAGCACCUCAGUCUACAGAAAGGAGAUCAACUGCUAAGUGCCAGGGUGUAUUUUGAUAACGUCAAAUAUGAGGACGCAUUAAAAAUUCUUCAGUGUGCAGAACCCUACAAGGUGUCCUUCUUUUUGAAGAGGACUGUGCCAGGAAGUGAAGUCAGCAUACGUCCAGGGGCACAAAAUCUUGAGCUCAGAGGACCUAAGGCCAAGAUGCAAAAAAUGAGCGUCAAAAGUGUGAAACCAUUCAAAACCAAGAAAAGGAGAGGAGGAAGAUUUGGAUUGAAACGACUGAAAGAGAACAAAAAAGCAAGAGCACAAGCAGAGAUGGAGGUUGAUGGAUCACCUGGUAGAUCAGACAUCAGUUCUGUUGAUGUUGAGUUUGUAUUCCCAAAGUUCAAGAUAAGGAAAGGUGGAAAGGCCACUGCAGAUGAAUCAGAACAUCUGGAGGGUGUUAUCACUAGUACUAAGAAAAAGAGGAAGAUCAGAUUUCCAAAGAUGAAGGCUAUGGAUGCUGCUGUUGGUGAAGGGAAGAUCAGUGUAGAUGUUUCAACACAUGAGGGAGAGGCCUCUGGAUCCAAGCUGAAGGCCAAGACGAAAGGUCCAAAAUUUGGAAUGAAUUUUCCAAAAAUUAAAAAGUCGAAGUUAGAUUUACAAUCUUCAAAUGACAGCUUUGAGGUGAAAGAACUAGAAAGCAAAUUUAAGCUUCCAUCAGUAGAGCGUGAUCUCAACAUGCCUCAGGGCGAGACUGAAACUAAUGUUUCUAAUUUUGAGGUUAGUGUUAAAGAAAAAGGAGAGGGUGCUGAGAUAAAAAUACCAAAGAUAAAUCUGGAUGUCUGUGAUACAAAGUUGACUGUCCCAAAGUUCAAACUACCAAAUGUAAGACAUUCUUGUCAUUCAGAUGAAUAUGAUGGAGAGGCAAGGAAAGAAACUGAUACGUCUGAAAAUAAACUGAAAAUGCCCAAGAUUGACAUCAAAGCACCAAAUGUGGAUUUGGACUUGCAUCUCCAAAAGACUAAGGGCAAAGCUGAAUUCAAAGAUGUUAAAGUUCCCGACUGCACUGUAAAAGCAACAAAAAUCAACACCACCAAGCCUGACACAUCAUUACCAGAGCUAAACCUUGAUGCAAAACAAAAAUUUGGAGAUGACAUUGAUGGAUCAAUGGAAAAAGAGCAUAAGAUUUCCCUCCCCAAACUUGACAUUGCAGGGCCCAAGAUAGAGAUGUCAGAUGCGGACAUUGGUCUUCCCACAUUAGAUGUGUCCUUACCAAAGAUGGCUGCAAAAAGCAUUGACACUAAGGGACAUGCAAGUACUGGAGUAAAGUUUGAAAUGACAAAAUUAGACAUCUCUCUUCCAAAAAUAGCAUCCUCUGAGAGUGAGGUCAUAUUUGAAGAACCUGGAGCAAUAUGUGGAACAAUUCACAAGCCAAAUAUCAGUAUUCCAUUGCCAAAAGGUAAAGGAAGCAAAGUUCACACACCUUCCCUUGACAUUUCAUUGCCUAAAGAUAAAACAGAGACAAACAUUGAUAUAGAAGGCCAUUCUGGAACAGGUAUAAAGUAUGAAAUGCCUAAAUUUGAUGUUUCUUUGCCUAAAUUAAAACCAUCAGAAGGUGAAAUCGACAGUGAAGGUCCCGAUAUCAAGGGUGGAAAGUUUCACAUGCCCACUAUUGAUAUCUCUCUGCCAGGAGGAGGAGCAGGAGGAGAUGUAGAUGUUGAAGGACAUGCAGGAAAAGGAAAAAAAAUUGAAAUGCCUAAAUUAGAUGUUUCUUUGCCUAAAUUAAAAUCAUCAGGAGGUGAGAUGGACAUUGAAGGUCCCGAUAUCAAGGGUGGAAAGUUUCACGUGCCCACUAUUGAUAUCUCUCUGCCAGGAGGAGGAGCAGGAGGAAAUGUAGAUGUCGAAGGGCAUGCGGGAAAAGGAAGAAAAUUCAAAAUGCCAAAAUUAGAUGUUUCUUUGCAAAAAUUAAAAUCAACAGGUGUAGUUGACAUUGAAGGUCCCGAUAUCAAAGGUGUAAAGUUACACAUGCCCACUAUUGAUAUCUCUCUGCCAGGAGGAGGAGCAGAAGGAGAUGUAGAUGUUGAAGGACAUGCAGGAAAAGGAAAAAAAAUUGAAAUGCCUAAAUUAGAUGUUUCUUUGCCUAAAUUAAAAUCAUCAGGAGGUGAAAUGGACAUUGAAGGUCCCGAUAUCAAGGGUGGAAAGUUUCACAUGCCCACUAUUGAUAUCUCUCUGCCAGGAGGAGGAGCAGAAGGAGAUGUAGAUGUUGAAGGACAUGCAGGAAAAGGAAAAAAAAUUGAAAUGCCUAAAUUAGAUGUUUCUUUGCCUAAAUUAAAAUCAUCAGGAGGUGAAAUGGACAUUGAAGGUCCCGAUAUCAAGGGUGGAAAGUUUCACGUGCCCACUAUUGAUAUCUCUCUGCCAGGAGGAGGAGCAGGAGGAGAUGUAGAUGUCGAAGGGCAUGCGGGAAAAGGAAGAAAAUUCAAAAUGCCAAAAUUAGAUGUUUCUUUGCCAAAAUUAAAAUCAUCAGGUGUAGUUGACAUUGAAGGUCCUGAUGUCAAGGAUGGAAAGAUUCACAUGCCCUCUAUUGAUAUCUCUCUGCCAGGAGGAGGAGCAGGAGGAGAUGUAGAUAUUGAAGGACCUGCAGGAAAAGGAAUAAAAUUUGAAAUGCCUAAAUUUGAUGUUUCCUUGCCUAAAUUAAAACCAUCAGAAGGUGAAAUCAAUGUUGAAGGUCCUGAUAUGAAGGGUGGAAAUUUUAAUUUGCCCUCUAUUGAUAUCUCUCUGCCAGGAGGAGGAGCAGGAGGAGAUGUAGAUAUUGAAGGACCUUCAGGAAAAGGAAGAAAAAUUAAAAUGCCUAAAUUAGAUGUUUCUUUGCCUAAAUUAAAAUCAUCAGGUGUUGACAUUAAAGAUCCUGAUGUCAAGGAUGGAAAGAUUCACAUGCCCACUAUUGAUAUCUCUCUGCCAGGAGGAGGAGCAGCAGGAGAUGUAGAUGUUGAAGGACAUACAGGAAAAGGAAAAAAAAUUGAAAUGCCUAAAUUAGAUGUUUCUUUGCCUAAAUUAAAAUCAUCAGGUGUAGUUGGCAUUGAAGCUCCUGAUGUCAAGGGUGGAAAUUUAGACAUGCCCUCUAUUGAUAUUUCUCUGCCAGGAGGAGGAGCAGGAGGAUAUGUAGAUGUUAAAGGACAUGCAGGAAAAGGAAGAAAAUUUGAAAUGCCUAAAUUAGAUGUUUCUUUGCCUAAAUUAAAACCAUCAGGUGUAGUUGGCAUUGAAGGUCCUGAUGUCAAGGGUGGAAAGAUUCACAUGCCCACUAUUGAUAUCUCUCUGCCAGGAGGAGGAGCAGGAGGAGAUGUAGAUGUUGAAAAACCUUCGGGAAAAGGAGGAAAAUUUGAAAUGCCUAAAUUAGAUGUUUCUUUGCCAAAAUUCAAAGUGUCUUCUGGAGAAAUCGAUGUUAAAGGUCCCGAUAUCAAGGGUGAAAUGUUUCAUAUGCCCUCUUUAGAUAUCUCUCUGCCAGGAGGAGGAGCAGGAGGAGAUGUAGAUGUUAAAGGACAUGCAGGAAAAGGAAGAAAAUUUGAAAUGCCAAAAUUUGACGUUUCAUUGCCUAAAUUAAAACCAUCAGAAGGUGAAAUCAACAUUGAAGGUCCCGAUAUCAAAGGUGGAAAGUUUCACAUGCCCUCUAUUGAUAUCUCCCUGCCAGGAGGAAGAGCAGAAGGAGAUAUAGAUGUUGAAGGACAUGCAGAAAAAGGAAGAAAAUUUGAAAUGCCUAAAUUAGAUGUUUCCUUGCCUAAAUUGAAGCCAUCAGGAGGUGAAAUCAACAUUGAAGAUCCCGAUAUCAAGGGUGGAAAGUUUCACAUGCCCUCUAUUGAUAUCUCCCUGCCAGGAGGAAGAGCAGAAGGAGAUAUAGAUGUUGAAGGACAUGCAGGAAAAGGAAGAAAAUUUGAAAUGCCUAAAUUAGAUGUUUCCUUGCCAAAAUUAAAGCCAUCAGGAGGUGAAAUCAACAUUGAAGAUCCCAAUAUCAAGGGUAGAAAGUUUCACAUGCCCUCUAUUGAUAUCUCUCUGCCAGAAGGAGGAGCAGAAGGAGAUGUAGAUGUUGAAGGACAUGCAGGAAAAGGAAGGAAAUUUGAAAUGCCAAAAUUAGAUAUUUCCUUGCCAAAAUUAAAAACGUCUGCUAGAGAAAUCAACGUUGAAGGUCCCGAUAUCAAGGGUGAAACGGUUCACAUGCCCUCUAUAGAUAUCUCUCUGCCUGAAGGAGAAACAGGAGGAUAUGUAGAUGUUAAAGGACAUGCAGGAAAAGGAAGAACAUUUGAAAUGCCUAAAUUAGAUGUAUCAUUACCUAAAUUAAAACCAUCAGGAGGUGAAAUCAAUGAUGAAGGCCCCAAUAUCAAGGGUGGAAAGUUUCACAUGCCCUCUAUUGAUAUCUCUCUGUCAGGAGGAGGAGCAGGAGGAGAUGUAGAUGUUGAAAAACCUUCAGGAAAAGGAAGUAAAUUUGAAAUCCCUAAACGAGACGUUUCUUUGCCAAAAUUCAAACUGUCUUCUGGAGAAAUCGAUGUUAAAGGUCCCGAUAUCAAGGGUGAAAUGUUUCAUAUGCCCUCUUUAGAUAUCUCUCUGCCAGGAGGAGGAGCAGGAGGAGAUGUAGAUGUUAAAGGACAUGCAGGAAAAGGAAGAAAAUUUGAAAUGCCAAAAUUUGACGUUUCAUUGCCUAAAUUAAAACCAUCAGAAGGUGAAAUCAACAUUGAAGGUCCCGAUAUCAAAGGAGGAAAGUUUCACAUGCCCUCUAUUGAUAUCUCCCUGCCAGGAGGAAGAGCAGAAGGAGAUAUAGAUGUUGAAGGACAUGCAGAAAAAGGAAGAAAAUUUGAAAUGCCUAAAUUAGAUGUUUCCUUGCCUAAAUUGAAGCCAUCAGGAGGUGAAAUCAACAUUGAAGAUCCCGAUAUCAAGGGUGGAAAGUUUCACAUGCCCUCUAUUGAUAUCUCCCUGCCAGGAGGAAGAGCAGAAGGAGAUAUAGAUGUUGAAGGACAUGCAGGAAAAGGAAGAAAAUUUGAAAUGCCUAAAUUAGAUGUUUCCUUGCCAAAAUUAAAGCCAUCAGGAGGUAAAAUCAACAUUGAAGAUCCCAAUAUCAAGGGUAGAAAGUUUCACAUGCCCUCUAUUGAUAUCUCUCUGCCAGGAGGAGGAGCAGAAGGAGAUGUAGAUGUUGAAGGACAUGCAGGAAAAGGAAGGAAAUUUGAAAUGCCAAAAUUAGAUAUUUCCUUGCCAAAAUUAAAAACGUCUGCUAGAGAAAUCAACGUUGAAGGUCCCGAUAUCAAGGGUGAAACGGUUCACAUGCCCUCUAUAGAUAUCUCUCUGCCUGAAGGAGAAACAGGAGGAUAUGUAGAUGUUAAAGGACAUGCAGGAAAAGGAAGAACAUUUGAAAUGCCUAAAUUAGAUGUAUCAUUACCUAAAUUAAAACCAUCAGGAGGUGAAAUCAAUGAUGAAGGCCCCAAAAUCAAGGGUGGAAAGUUUCACAUGCCCUCUAUUGAUAUCUCUCUGCCAGGAGGAGGAGCAGGAGGAGAUGUAGAUGUUGAAAAACCUUCAGGAAAAGGAAGUAAAUUUGAAAUCCCUAAACUAGACGUUUCUUUGCCAAAAUUCAAACUGUCUUCUGGAGAAAUCGAUGUUAAAGGUCCCGAUAUCAAGGGUGAAAUGUUUCAUAUGCCCUCUAUAGAUAUCUCUCUGCCUGGAGGAGAAGCAGGAGGAGAUGUAGAUGUUAAAGGACAUGCAGGAAAAGGAAGAAAAUUUGAAAUGCCAAAAUUUGAUGUUUCAUUGCCUAAAUUAAAACCAUCAGGAGGUGAAAUCAACAUUGAAGGUCCCGAUAUCAAAGGUGGAAAGUUACACAUGCCCACUAUUGAUAUCUCUCUGCCAGGAGGAGGAGGAGCAGGAAAUGUAGAUGUUGAAGGACAUGCAGGAAAAGGAAGAAAAUUUGAAAUGCCAAAAUUAGAUGUUUCUUUGCCUAAAUUAAAACCAUCAGGAGGUGAAAUCAACAUUGAAGGUCCCGAUAUCAAAGGUGGAAAGUUACACAUGCCCACUAUUGAUAUCUCUCUGCCAGGAGGAGGAGGAGCAGGAGCUGUAGAUGUCGAAGGACCUGCAGGAAAAGGAAGAAAAUUUGAAAUGCCUAAAUUUGAUGUUCCCUUGUCUAAAUUAAAACCACCAGGAGGUGAAAUCAACAUUGAAGGUCCCGAUAUCAAGGGUGGAAAGUUUAACAUGCCCACUAUUGAUAUCUCUCUGCCAGGAGGAGGAGCAGGAGGAGAUGUAGAUGUUGAAGGACAUGCAGGGAAAGGAAGGAAAUUUGAAAUGCCAAAAUUAGAUAUUUCCUUGCCAAAAUUAAAAACGUCUGCUAGAGAAAUCAACGUUGAAGGUCCCGAUAUCAAGGGUGAAACGGUUCACAUGCCCUCUAUAGAUAUCUCUCUACCUGGAGGAGAAACAGGAGGAGAUGUAGAUGUUAAAGGACAUGCAGGAAAAGGAAGAACAUUUGAAAUGCCUAAAUUAGAUGUAUCAUUACCUAAAUUAAAACCAUCAGUAGGUGAAAUCAAUGUUGAAGGCCCCAAUAUCAAGGGUGGAAAGUUUCACAUGCCCUCUUUUGAUAUCUCUCUGCCAGGAGGAGGAGCAGGAGGAGAUGUAGAUUUUGAAAAACCUUCGGGAAAAGGAAGUAAAUUUGAAAUGCCUAAAUUAGACGUUUCUUUGCCAAAAUUCAAACUGUCUUCUGGAGAAAUCGAUGUUGAAGGUCCCGACAUCAAGGGUGAAAUGUUUCAUAUGCCCUCUAUAGAUAUCUCUCUGCCUGGAGGAGACGCAGGAGGAGAUGUAGAUGUUAAAGGACAUGUAGGAAAAGGAAGAAAAUUUGAAAUGCCAAAAUUAGAUGUUUCUUUGCCUAAAUUAAAACCAUCAGGAGGUGAAAUCAACAUUGAAGGUCCCGAUAUCAAAGGUGGAAAGUUACACAUGCCCACUAUUGAUAUCUCUCUGCCAGGAGGAGGAGCAGGAGGAGAUGUAGAUGUAGAAGGACAUGCAGGAAAAGGAAGGAAAUUUGAAAUGCCAAAAUUAGAUAUUUCCUUGCCAAAAUUAAAAAUGUCUGCUAGAGAAAUCAACGUUGAAGGUCCCGAUAUCAAGGGUGAAACGGUUCACAUGCCCUCUAUAGAUAUCUCUCUACCUGGAGGAGAAACAGGAGGAGAUGUAGAUGUUAAAGGACAUGCAGGAAAAGGAAGAACAUUUGAAAUGCCUAAAUUAGAUGUAUCAUUACCUAAAUUAAAACCAUCAGUAGGUGAAAUCAAUGUUGAAGGCCCCAAUAUCAAGGGUGGAAAGUUUCACAUGCCCUCUAUUGAUAUCUCUCUGUCAGGAGGGGGAGCAGUAGGAGAUGUAGAUGUUGAAAAACCUUCGGGAAAAGGAAGAAAAUUUGAAAUGCCUAAAUUAGACGUUUCUUUGCCAAAAUUCAAACUGUCUUCUGGAGAAAUCGAUGUUGAAGGUCCCGACAUCAAGGGUGAAAUGUUUCAUAUGCCCUCUAUAGAUAUCUCUCUGCCUGGAGGAGAAGCAGGAGGAGAUGUAGAUGUUAAAGGACAUGCAGGAAAAGGAAGAAAAUUUGAAAUGCCAAAAUUUGACGUUUCAUUGCCUAAAUUAAAACCAUCAGGAGGUGAAAUCAACAUUGAAGGUCCCGAUAUCAAAGGUGUAAAGUUACACAUGCCCACUAUUGAUAUCUCUCUGCCAGGAGGAAGAGCAGAAGGAGAUAUAGAUGUUGAAGGACAUGCAGGAAAAGGAAGAAAAUUUGAAAUGCCAAAAUUAGAUGUUUCUUUGCCUAAAUUAAAACCAUCAGGAGGUGAAAUCAAUGUUGAAGGUCACGAUAUGAAGGGUGGAAAGUUACGCAUGCCCUCUGUUGAUACCUCUCUGCCAGGAGGAGGAGCAGGAGGAGAUGUAGAUGUUGAAGGACCUGCAGGAAAAGGAAGAAAAUUUGAAAUGCCUAAAUUUGAUGUUCCCUUGCCUAAAUUAAAACCACCAGGAGGUGAAAUCAACAUUGAAGGUCCCGAUAUCAAGGGUGGAAAGUUUAACAUGCCCACUAUUGAUAUCUCUCUGCCAGGAGGAGGAGCAGGAGGAGAUGUAGAUGUUGAAGGACAUGCAGGAAAAGGAAGGAAAUGUGAAAUGCCAAAAUUAGAUAUUUCCUUGCCAAAAUUAAAAACGUCUGCUGGAGAAAUCAACGUUGAAGGUCCCGAUAUCAAGGGUGAAAUGGUUCACAUGCCCUCUAUAGAUAUCUCUCUGCCUGGAGGAGAAACAGGAGGAGAUGUAGAUGUUAAAGGACAUGCAGGAAAAGGAAGAACAUUUGAAAUGCCUAAAUUAGAUGUAUCAUUACCUAAAUUAAAACCAUCAGGAGGUGAAAUCAAUGUUGAAGGCCCCAAUAUCAAGGGUGGAAAGUUUCACAUGCCCACUAUUGAUAUCUCUCUGCCAGGAGGAAAAGCAGGAGGAGAUGUAGAUGUUGAAAAACCUUCGGGAAAAGGAGGAAAAUUUGAAAUGCCUAAAUUAGAUGUUUCUUUGCCAAAAUUCAAAGUGUCUUCUGGAGAAAUCGAUGUUAAAGGUCCCGAUAUCAAGGGUGAAAUGGUUCACAUGCCCUCUAUAGAUAUCUCUCUGCCUGGAGGAGAAGCAGGAGUAGAUGUAGAUGUUGAAGGACAUGCAGGAAAAGGAAGAAAAUUUGAAAUGCCAAAAUUUGACGUUUCAUUGCCUAAAUUAAAACCAUCAGGAGGUGAAAUCAACAUGGAAGGUCCCGAUAUCAAAGGUGGAAAGUUUCACAUGCCCACUAUUGAUAUCUCUCUGCCAGGAGGAGGAGCAGCAGGAGAUGUAGAUGUUGAAGGACAUGCAGGAAAAGGAAGAAAAUUUGAAAUGCCUAAAUUAGAUAUUUCUUUGCCAAAAUUAAAAGCAUCUGCAGGAGAAAUCAAUGUUGAAGGUCCCGAUAUCAAGGCUGAAACAUUUCAUAUGCCCUCUUUAGAUAUCUCUCUGCCUGGAGGAGGAGCAGGAGGAGAUGUAGAUAUUGAAGGACAUGCAGGAAAAGGAAGAAAAUUUGAAAUGCCUAAAUUAGAUGUUUCCUUGCCUAAAUUAAAACCAUCAGGAGGUGAAAUCAAUGUUGAAGGCCCCAAUAUCAAGGGUGGAAAGUUUCACAUGCCCUCUAUUGAUAUCUCUCUGCCAGGAGGAGGAGCAGGAGGAGAUGUAGAUGUUGAAAAACCUUCGGGAAAAGGAAGAAAAUUUGAAAUGCCUAAAUUAGACGUUUCUUUGCCAAAAUUCAAACUGUCUUCUAGAGAAAUCGAUGUUAAAGGUCCCGACAUCAAGGGUGAAAUGUUUCAUAUGCCCUCUAUAGAUAUCUCUCUGCCUGGAGGAGAAGCAGGAGGAGAUGUAGAUGUUAAAGGACAUGCAGGAAAAGGAAGAAAAUUUGAAAUGCCAAAAUUUGACGUUUCAUUGCCUAAAUUAAAACCAUCAGGAGGUGAAAUCAACAUUGAAGGUCCCGAUAUCAAAGGUGGAAAGUUACACAUGCCCACUAUUGAUAUCUCUCUGCCAGGAGGAGGAGCAGCAGGAGAUGUAGAUGUUGAAGGACAUACAGGAAAAGGAAGAACAUUUGAAAUGCCAAAAUUAGAUGUUUCUUUGCCAAAAUUUAAAUCAUCAGGUGAAGUUGACAUUCAAGGUCCUGAUAUGAAGGGAGGAAAGUUUCAUAUGCCCUCUAUAGAUAUCUCUAUGCUAGGAGGAGGAGCAGGAGGAGAUUUAGAUGUUGAAAAACCUUCAGGAAAAGGAAGAAAAUUUGAAAUGCCUAAAUUAGAUGUUUCUUUGCCAAAACUAAAAACGUCUGCUGAAGAAAUCAAUGUUGAAGGUCCUGAUGUCAAGGGUGGAAAUUUAGACAUGCCCUCUAUAGAUCUCUUUAACUGGAGGAGAAGCAGGAGGAGAUGUAGAUUUUAAAGGACAUGCAGGAAAAGGAAGAAAAUUUGAAAU